AUGCUGGCUUCCGCUGACCUGGCGGGAGCGUUAGCGGAUCUCGAUGACCGCGCUACAGUUCGAGGACGGGACGCCACGGUACUCGUCAUAGGAGAAGUUCGAGAUGAAGCCGGAGCGGGGGCGACAAAGCUCGCUCAAACUAUUAACGAAGGCAAUUCGAGCUUGCUCUCGGAUCUGAAUAACACGUUCGCAACAGUAGGUGAGCGCAUUGAUUUUCUACCGUUAUGGCUACGGUGA